AUGGAGAUAGCUCUGUUAAUUUGGAUGGUCUUGCUUCUACACAUAAAUUUGCUACAUGGAUUAAAAGCAACAUUGUCACAAGAUGAGAAAAUCAUGGUCAGGAGACGACUUGAACUCAUAAACAAGCCAGCCAUCAAGAGUUUUCUGACUAGGUAUGGUGACAUAUUGGAUUGCGUGGAGAUCAAUAAGCAACUAGCAUUUGACCAUCCAUCACUAAGGAAUCACUCUAUACAGAUGAAGGGUAACUUGAAGAUACCCAAGCAAACAAAUUCAAUUGAUCGUUCUUUGAAAAUAUUGAAGCCUUCACAUAUUGUACCUAAAAGCAUGAGAUGUCCAAGAGGGACCGUUCCUAUCAAAAGGAUCCAAGAAGAAGAUUUAGCAAUGGAGAAAUUUUCAUCAAAAAUAUCGACUAGCAUCUCUUCCAAGUCAAUCAAAACUCAAGAUGAUCUACCUCCUGGACACCAAAUUGCAACUCUUGUAGCAUUUGCCAACAACGUAGGAGCAUCUGGCCUAAUAAAUGUUUGGAGCCCAGAGGUUACAAAUGAACAACUUUCAGAUACUUCUGUUUUUGUUGCAAGUGAUGAUGGUUUUGUCAGUAACGCUAUAUCAGCUGGUUGGGCGGUAAACCCAUAUUUAUACCAGAACUUGACUCGGUUAUUCGGCUAUUGGACUAGAGACAGUGGGAAGAGCACAGGCUGUUUCAAUACAAUAUGUCCUGGAUUUGUACAAGUUAGUCAAAAAAUUGCUCUUGGCGCAACUAUACAACCCAUAUCUACCUAUUGGGGCGCUCAAUAUUUUAUAUCAAUUACCAUUCAACAGGACCAAAAUACAAAGAAUUGGUGGCUUUUGUAUGGAAACGAGCAAGUAGGAUAUUGGCCAAAGGAGUUGUUUGGUACCUUAUCCAACGGUGCCACAAGAGCUGGUUGGGGAGGAGAAAUUUCGAGCCCAUCAACGGAGGCGACUCCAGGGAUGGGAAGUAGUCACUUCCCAGAAGAAGGAUAUUCGAAAGCUUGCAUUAUAUGUAAACUAAAAUUGGUAGGUCAAGAAAAUUUUCCUAAUGGAACAGACCUCAAAUUGGCUCAAAGCAAACCUGAUUGUUACAAAGCUAUGUAUGGUGGCGAUGUUGGAGGUGACUUUGGACAUCAUAUGUUUGUUGGUGGACCCCCAAAUUGUAAGUUUUGAGUUGAAAGUUUGAAUUUUGAAACUUUGUCUUUUUUCAACGGUCCAAA